AUGUUUGAGGCCCAUAUGCAGAACUACAAGGGCGAUGACCCUCUUGGUGAAUGGGAAAGUUAUAUGCGGUGGGUAGAAGAGAAUUUUCCUGAGAAUAAAGAAUACUUGACAACGUUAUUAGAACAUUUAAUGAAGGCAUUUUUAGAUAAGAAGAAAUACCACAAUGACCCAAGAUUCAUAAAUUACUGUUUAAAAUUUGCUGAGUACAACAGUGACCUUCAUCAGUUCUUUGAGUUUCUGUAUAACCAUGGAAUUGGGACCCUGUCAUCUCCUCUGUACAUAGCCUGGGCUGGGCAUCUGGAAGGCCAGGGAGAGCUGCAGCAUGCCAGUGCUGUUUUUCGGAGAGGAAUUCAAAACCAGGCUGAACCAAGAGAACUACUGCAACAACAGUACAGGUUAUUUCAGAAACGCCUCACUGAAACUCAUUUACCAACUCAAGCUAGAACCUCAGAACCUCUGCAUAAUGCUCAGAUUUUAAAUCAAAUGAUAACAUCAAACUCAAAUCCAGGAAACAACACAGGCUGUGUUUCUAAGAAUCAGGGUUCAAAACUUUCUGGAGUGACAUCAUCAACUUGUGAUAAAGAAUCAAAGAUGGAUCAAAGGGUGAUCAUGAUUUCUAAAUCAGAAUAUUCUGCACACCAAUCUUUGGCAGCCAAAAGUGAUGUUAAGCAAGUUGUUAUGUAUUGCAAGGAGAAGCUUAUUCGUGGAGAAUCAGAAUUCUCUUUUGAAGAACUGAGAGCCCAGAAAUAUAAUCAACGGAGAAAGCAUGAACAAUGGGUAAAUGAAGACAGACAUUAUAUGAAAAGGAAAGAAGCAAAUGCUUUUGAAGAACAAUUAUUAAAACAGAAAAUGGAUGAACUUCAUAAGAAGUUGCAUCAAGUGGUGGAGACAUCGCAUGAGAACCUGCCCUCUUUUCAAGAACGGUCUAAGUUGGAUCCAACUCAUGGUGAUCCCUCCUUGGGCUCCCAGGAGGAGCUGAGAGGAUCGUCUCUUCCAGUCCUAGAUCAGCAGACCUCAAGCAACAUGAGAGAGAAAUCCAGAGAAGCACCUCCUCUUGUACCACUUAAGGCAAAUGCCAUCAACACUGCUUUGGUGUCCCUAGCCGUCAGCCAGAAGGUAGCUGUUCCUUUGACAGCCCAACCAGUGACAGACUCUGUAUUUCCAGUAGCCAGCAAAGAUGCUAGAUGUUUGAAUAAAAGUACUCAUGAAUUCAAGCCUCAGGGCGGAGCAGAGAUAAAAGCAGCAUGUGAAACACAUAAGUUUCCUAACACAAAUUCUUUUCACACAACUCCAAACUCAUCCCUGGGAAUGGUUCAGGCAACACCUUCCAAAGUGCAACCAUCACCUACUGUUCACACAAAAGAAGCAUUAGGUUUCAUCAUGGAUAUGUUCCAAGCUCCCACACUUCCUGAUAUUUCUGAUGACAAAGAUAAUUGGUCACCUCUAGAUCAGAAUGAAGAUGCAUUUGAAGCUCAGUUUCAAAAAAAUGCAAAGUCUUCUGGGGUUUGGGGAGUCAAUAAGAUAAUCUCUUCCUUGUCAUCUGCUUUUCCCGUAUUUGAAGAUGGAAACAAAGAAAAUUAUGGAUUACCACAGCCUAAAAAUAAACCCACAGGAGCCAGGACGUUUGGAGAACGCUCUGUGAGCAGCCUUUCUGUGAAACCAAAUGAGGAAGUGCCUCAUACUGAAGAAUUUUUGGACGAUUCAACUGUAUGGGGCAUCCGCUGCAACAAAACGCUGGCACCCAUUCCUAAGAGCACAGGAGACUUUACGUCUGCUGCUCAGCUUGCAUCUACCCCAUUCCACAAGCUCCCAGUGGAUUCAGUGAACACUCUAGAAGAUAAAGAAAAUGUGGUAGCAAAACAGUGCACCCACAUGAUUUUGGAUUCUUGUGAAGAAAACCUGGUGGAGCCCUCAGACACCAAAAAGUUCAGUCCAGUUCAAGAAAAAAGCCCAGAACAAGCAUUAUCUACAGACGUGCCUUCAGCCUCCUUGCUCAAGAUGAGCCAGCCUGCUGCAGGUGAUGUGCUUACCAGUGAGGCAGAGCAGAGCCUCGAGGCUUGUAAACUCACAGACCCUGCUCUUGCCAUGGAGGAGGAUCCACCGGGUGCCAAUGCUGGGCUCCAAGCAGAACCAAUGCAGAGCAGUUCAGUUGGAAAUGUCGAUGCUUUAAAUUUAAUUGUUGAAAACCCAUGGGAUGAUACAUUGAUUCUCAAGCUUUUAUCUGGGCUUUCUAAGCCUGUGAGCUCCUACCCCAAUACUUUUGAAUGGCAAUAUAAACUUCCACCCAUCAAGCCCAAGACUGAAUUUCAACUAGGUUCUGUGGUGAUCUACGUUGAUCAUCUUCUUGGUGAAGGAGCCUUUGCCCAAGUCUAUGAAGUUACCCAAGAAGAUGUGAAUGAUACCAAAAAUAAACAGAAAUUUGUUUUAAAGGUCCAGAAGCCUGCCAACCCCUGGGAAUUCUACAUUGGAACCCAGCUAAUGGAGAGACUAAAGCCAAGUAUGCAACACAUGUUUAUCAAAUUCUAUUCUGCCCACUUUUUCCAGAAUGGCAGUGUAUUAGUAGGCGAUCUCUACAGCUAUGGAACAUUAUUAAAUGCCGUUAACCUGUAUAAAAAUACCCCUGAAAAAGUGAUGCCUCAAGCUCUAGUCAUCUCUUUUGCUAUCAGAAUGCUCUACAUGAUUGAACAAGUCCAUAACUGCGAAAUCAUUCAUGGAGACAUUAAGCCAGACAAUUUCAUACUUGGAAACAGAUUUUUAGAACAGGACAAUGAAGAUGAUGAUUUAUCUGCAGGCUUGGCAUUGAUUGACCUGGGUCAGAGUAUAGAUAUGAAACUUUUUCCAAAAGGAACUACCUUUACAGCAAAAUGUGAAACAUCUGGUUUUCAGUGUAUCGAGAUGCUCAGUAAGAAACCAUGGACCUACCAGAUUGAUUACUUUGGAGUUGCUGCGACAGUGUACUGCAUGCUCUUUGGCACUUACAUGAAAGUGAAAAAUGAAGGAGGGAUCUGGAAGCCUGAAGGUCUUUUUAGAAGGCUUCCUCAUUUGGAUAUGUGGAACGAGUUUUUUCACACCAUGUUGAAUAUACCAGACUGUCAUCAGCUUCCAUCGUUGGACGUUUUAAGGCAAAAACUGAAGAAAAUAUUUCAGCAACACUAUUCAAACAAGAUUAGGACCUUGCGUAAUAGGUUAAUUGUACUGCUCUUAGAAUAUAAGCGUUCACGAAAAUAA